AUGGACUCUGAGUCAUAUGCUUUAACAAGCUUGGCUCGUGAUGAGGAAAGGCUUAAGCAUUUGACAAUUCUCCCUAGUGUAGGUCCUGGACAGUCACCUUCAUCGGUUGUUGUACCUCUAUUUGCACAGUCUAACGGAGAGCAUGUAGUUGUACUACGGAUUGGUGAGGAAAAGAUACGAACCCAGCUGCUCUUGGACACUGGCUCUUCAAUUAUUUGGUGGCAGUGCUAUCCAUGCGAAAAAUGUUACAAUCAGAGAAAUAUACCCAAAUAUAAUCGAAUGAGGUCUCGCUCAUUUGAAUCUAUUAGAUGCUCUUCAAACAAAUGUGAUCAAAGUCAACCGGAAAUAAGUUGUUCGCCACAAGGGCCAUGCCUUUAUAGGAUUAACUAUUUAGACAAUGAUACUACUUCGGGGAUUCUUGCGAUUGAAGAACUGUCAAGUUUAGAUGGCCGUUUUUCAUGCAAGGUUAUUUUUGGGUGUGGAACUCAGAAUCCUGGCAAGUAUUUUUUGGGUGUUUAUGCGGGAAUAUUAGGAUUCCAAAAUCUUAGAAUAACAAGGUUUCCAAGAGAAAUAUAUACCCAAUUUCGUGAUAAGUUUGUGGAGGAAACCGAAGAUUUCGUUCCCUUUCGAGUAAGCUACUGGGGCCUAGACACAUGCUAUGAAACACAUACAGAUUAUCUGAAUUAUUUUCCUGAGGUGUCGCUUCAUUUUACCGAUGAGAAGGUCCUUCGUCUAGACCCACAGCAAGUCUUGUAUGAAGCGCAGACUGGGGUAUAUUGUCUUGCAUUUGCACCUUUUGAUCAAAGACUAACUAUAUUGGGGAGUCGUCAACUUGAGACGACAAGACUUUCUUUCAAUUUAGCAGAGCACACUGUGACAUUCUCCUCCAAUGAUUGUUGA